AUGGAAACUUGGUUUUCGAUUCUUGGCUGGUCUCUAUCCAUUCUGACCAUAACUGGAAAUGGAUUUAUCAUCUGCCUCGUUAGCAGAAGACGGCGGCUUCGCAAAGCCAACGCAUUUAUAGUUUCUCUUGUAGCGGCGGACUUCUGUGUUGGGCUCAGUACUUUUCCCCCGCUUUUCGUCUACGAAGAGAUAAUUGGAUGUAAUCCAAAGGCCUUCUUAGCGAGCGGGAUGGAUUAUCUAAGAUGGCUCUUUGGGUACGCUUCGGUUACAAACUUGUGCGGUUUAGUCCUGGAGCGCCACGUUGCUGUUGUGAAGCCGUUAAGUUACUUGACUUUUAUGACGUGCAAACGCGUUCUCCAAAUGUUUGUUAUCUCUUGGACCAUUCCAGUUAUUUUGGUCUUGGCUUUUUUACUAAACGGGCUUGUUUUUAACGAGAUUCUGCUGUUUAAAGUGCUGACACUGAUUACCAUUGUUUUUCUAGAAUUCUUACCGUGUUCCGGUCUAAUUUUUUGCUUUGCAUCAAUGUAUUAUAUUGUUUACAAGCACGAAAGAGCCGCCCGCAUCUUGGCAAAACAACUCCGCUAUAACCAAAGAUUUUUGCUCAGAAUCAAGGAAAAGGCUGCUGUGAAAAUAAUGGCAAUUGUGAUUGGUUUGUUUCUUGUAACUUACUCGUUCGCUUUGCGAUGUAGCUUUAUUUACAUUUUGAAUGACGACGAAAAACCGUGUGAUGGUCAGGAAUAUAAAAUACCCCUUCUUGUCGUUUCUCCUCACCAAAUCAAUACAAUAUCAAACAGAAAGAUGGAGAAGGAAGCUUUUAAAAAAGAUGGCAAAGAAGUAGGUCAGAUAUUGUCGGGUGAUUCUAAGCGGAAGAUUGGUAAAAAUGCAUCAAAACGUUGGAGUUUUCAAAAGAUAAUGCAGUAUAGAAGGCAGUGUACUCCAGGGUCUGCACUUUCUCCUGCCCAUACUCCUUCUCCUGCUACAGAUCCUACUCUUACUCCUUCUCUUACUCCAUCUCCUGCUGCAGCUUCUACUCCUGUUGAUACUCUGCUAUAG